GUGCUUUUUCAUGUACCUGCCUGAAGCUGAAACAGUGUCCUACAGUUGACUACUACUAUGGCGGUCAUUGAGCUCUUCAACCCACUUCUGGACCUUUUCAAGCAAUACUGGGUUGCUAUCAUUGGACUUGCGACCCUGCUAUAUCUGUUAUCCAACCGGUACCAGAAGGGCCUCCAAAAAAUCCCCGGGCCCUGGAUUCGCUCCGUGUCGUCGAUUCCGCGUAUCCUCUCCGUAUACAAAAGCUUCAGCCACGAAGAUGACCUCCGCCUUCACAAGAAGUACGGCAAGAUUGUGCGCAUAGCACCGAAUUCACUCUCUAUUUCAGAUCCGCACGAAAUUAAUACACUCUAUGGAAUCUCCACCAAAUUUUACAAAUCCCGGUUCUAUGAUUUAGCCUCAGUCCACGACGAAGAGGGCCUUGUUCCUGACCCAUUUGUCCUGACUAAUAAAGAGCUGCAUUCGCGGAUGAAGCGCAAUGCGGCAAACGCCUACUCUAUGAACGGACUAUUGCAAAUGGAAUCCUGGAUAGAGCCCGUCACAGAGCGAUUGCUACAAAGGCUCGAGGAAAGACAUGUGAAGACUGGCCAACCUUGCGAUCUAGGCAAGUUACUGCAACUAUACGCCAUGGAUGCCGUAUUUUCCCUUACAUUCGGAAAGGAUAAGGACUUUAUGGAGCAUGGUGAUCAGCAUGGCAUGAUGCGGACUCUUGACCUUAUGACUGAUUACAUGGCUAUUUUUGGACAGAUUCCAUGGAUACACAAGUUCUUGCUCGGGAAUAAGUACGGCACCCGGCUCCUUCUUGGACAAGAUACCUCGGAAGAAGCUAUUAUGAAGCUUGCCAUGUCCGAGGUGGACGCAGUGAGGGAAAAGGACGAUGAUUCAGGCCCCUGUACGUUCCUGCGCCGCCUAUUGUUGAACCAGAAGAGCAAUCCAGCCUCCUUGACCGACCGGGAGAUCUUCACGCACUCAUUUGGCAACAUCGCGGCAGGAAGCGAUACGACAGCCAUUGCACUUCGCUCUGUUAUGAUUCAUCUUCUGCAAUACCCUGAUGUGCAGGCAAAGUUGCACGCGGAGAUACAAUCAGCGAACUUACAAUUGCCCGUUUCGUUCGUAGCAGCAAACAGUCUACCCUAUCUGAACGCUGUUAUCAAAGAGGCGAUGCGAUUACACCCCUCUGUUGGAUUGAUGCUCGCUCGCUAUGUGCCGCAGGGUGGUGCCACCAUCUGUGGCCAAUACAUCGCACAAGGGACCGAAGUUGGCAUCAAUCCAUGGGUUCUACACCGCGAUCCGCAAGUGUAUCCUCAACCAGAUAUUUUCAGACCAGAACGCUGGUUGGAGGCGGAGAAGGAGCAUUUAUCCUUGAUGAACAAAUCCUUUCUUACCUUUGGCGCCGGAGCUCAUACCUGCAGCGGCCGUCAAAUUAGUCUUAUGGAGGUCACCAAAGUCAUUCCAACGCUACUGUUGACCUAUGACUUCAAGUUGGUGGAAGACGGCAGGGAUAUCUCCUUUAAGAAUAGGUGGUUCACUCCGCAGAAGGGACUGAAAGUUUUCAUCACUAAGGCAAAGAAUGAAGUUUCUUUUCGCUAGCAUCGAUAAAGUAGAUAUGUUACUCAUGUUGGCACAGGAGUCAAUAUUGUUAGCUCAACAACUUACAAUCACACCAAACGAGCAAAGUAUGAAGGGGUCAAUAUCCCUACGCCCAUAUAUAUAUAUAUAUAUGUGUUAUUAUGACUAUGAAAGUUUUCAGGACAUCCUAAGAAGUUGUCAUAUAAGUUACAAACUCGACCGAACAACGACAUU